AAAAAAAUUUCGUUUCUUAAUCAAAGGUAUCACGUUUAGCUGGAAAGAAUAUAUAAAUAAUUGAGUGCGCAGUGAAAGAAAGAAAAUGUCAGCUGCUUUUAUGACAAACGCUUUUGCUUUUUUUCCCACUUUGCUCGACAAUUCUUCACUCACAAUCAUACCAAACUCCAUAAUUCUCCAUUAUACAAUUCCCCUUUAUCACACGUAGCACAUUCUCCCGUUGUACUAGCCGGCGCCGGAAAAUGACGAGUUCACCGUCUUCCGACUAUGAGUACGAUUUACAGAGCGAGCGUUUUGAUGACAGUUACAGUCUCAAUGCUGACGUCAGCGAAUCGGAAACUUGCAGUAGUACGAGUACUUUCUCUUGCCGUCAACAGGAAGCGUCUACUUCAUUGUCGUCUUCUUCUACGUUGAAUUUUAACUCUAAUUCCGGUUUAACUGAACCGCCUAACGUUAUGUUGCCGGUCGUCGGAGAUAGACACGUCAUCUUUCCGGCUGAGAAGAAACCUGAGACCGAAUUAUCAGAAGUUGAAUUGAUGAAAGAGCGGUUUGCUAAACUACUGCUUGGGGAAGAUAUGUCUGGAGGAGGAAAAGGGGUCUGUACUGCUUUCGCCAUCUCCAAUGCCAUCACUAACCUAGCUGCCACUGUCUUCGGGGAGCUCUGGAAGUUGGAGUCAUUAGCACCACAAAGGAAAUUGAUGUGGCGUAGAGAGAUGGAAUGGCUUCUAUCUGUGAGUGAUUCGAUAGUAGAACUCGUACCUUCUGUGCAAGAGUUUCCUGGUGGUGGGUCUUUUGAGAUUAUGGUUACUCAACCACGGUCAGACCUCUAUGUAAAUCUUCCAGCACUCAAGAAGCUAGAUGCAAUGUUAAUUGGCAUGUUGGAUGCCUUUUCUGGCUGUGAGUUUUACUAUGUUGAUCGAGGGAUACUUGUUGCUGAUGGAGAAGAUGUUGAAGCAUGUCCUUGUUCCCCAUCCUCUCAUAGACCUUCCAUUAGGCUUGAAGAGAAGUGGUGGCUACCAUUCCCAAAGGUCCCACCAAAAGGUUUGUCAGAAGAGACAAGGAAGCGAUUGCGGCAGUGUAGAGAAUGCACAAAUCAAAUCUUUAAGGCAGCCCAGGCAAUCAAUGCCACCACACUAUCUGAAAUGGAAGUACCGAAAGAUUACCUGAAGGGCUUACCAAAGAGUGGGAAAGCAUCUUUAGGGGAAAUUCUCCACCGAUAUAUUACUGCUGAUCAGUUCUCUCCAGAAUGCCUCCUUGAUUACUUGGAUCUCUCAUCAGAGUACACGACUUUGGAAAUUGCAAACAGAAUUGAAGCUGCUAUGCACGUAUGGAGGCAAAAAUGUGAAAAGAAGAACUUGAACUGGUCAAAACCUGGAAAAUCAUCGUGGGGUGGAACAGUAAAGGGACUUGUUGGUCUUGUGGAAAGAUAUCAACUCUUGUCACAGCGAGCUGAGAACCUGCUGAGGAACUUAAAGCUAAAUUUCCCCGGCCUUCCACAAACUGCAUUGGAUGUGAACAAGAUUCAGUAUAACAGGGAUGUGGGACAUUCGAUCCUUGAGAGCUAUUCUAGGGUGUUGGAGAGCUUGGCAUUUAACUUGAUGGCAAGAAUUGAAGAUCUACUAUAUGUAGAUGAUGCCACAAGACGGCGUGCAGCUGAAGAAUCAGCAGCAAUGCUCGACCAGCAAGGAUUCUUUAACGCGCAAUCCCCACAGAAUCAGGUUGCUUGUGCUUCCAAUUUUGACCGUAAUAAGUCUCUCCCCUUUUUACCAAAAGCUUUCUCCCUGGAUAUAGUAGAGGAAAGCCCUAAGAGAACAGCUCAGUCAAUUGGGCAUACUGUUCUUAGCAGCCCAAGAGCUGAGAAACACAAAGCACUCAGUUUUUGAAAGACUCCGAAGGGUGGUAGUGCCAAGUAGGUAUAGAAUACAAUGACAACUGACUGCGAUUUUGAUGGUCAUCAAUUUUAGAAUUUCAGGGCCCAUUAGACUUUCGAGAAUGCGUAUUCCAACAUCAGUCUAAUUCUUUGGGUAGUUAGCUGGAACUUAAAAGUCCUUCUAGAUAAUGCAAAAAUCCAAACAUCCCCGGAACUGUGAUAAUUUGUUGAUGGUAUAUUCUGGAUUUGGACAACUAUAUGUAUAUUGUUAGAAACAGCUUGUAUGAUAUCAAUCUAAACUUCAACCUUCUAAUCCAAUAAGGGCAAUCAUCUGGGUAAUAUUUUUACCUUAUGUAAAAA